ACUCCUAUCUGCAGCCAAUCACCAGAAAGCAGGUGGAUGAAGAACCUCUUUAAGGCUUUUGCCAGGGUGCUGCCCAUUCUUUUACAGUGGGGCAUUCCAAAGGGAAUUAGGACAGACAAGCCAUGACAACCUACGUGGAACUGACCACAAAAGCAGAGAUGCCUAUCCUGGGAUUAGGAACCUGGCAGUCCCCCAUUGGGAAAGUGAGAGAGGCUGUGAAGUUUGCCAUUGAUGUUGGAUACCGCCAGUUCGACUGUGCUCAUGUGUACCAGAAUGAGAAUGAAAUAGGGGGUGCGAUCCAAGAGAAAAUUGAGGAGGGGGUUGUGACACGGGAGGAGCUCUUUGUCGUCAGUAAGCUGUGGUGCACAUUUCAUGAGAAAUCCCUGGUGAAGGGAGCAUGCCAGAAGACACUUGCUGCACUGAAAUUGGAUUAUUUGGACCACUACCUGAUGCACUGGCCGAUGGGAUUCAAGGCUGGAGAAGAACUGUUUCCUACAGAUGAGAAUGGCAUGAUCAUUCCAAGUGACACUGAUUUUCUGGAUACAUGGGAGGCUAUGGAAGAGCUGGUGGAUGCAGGAUUGGCAAAAUCCAUUGGAAUCUCCAACUUUAACUGUGAACAGAUAAAGAGGCUCUUGAACAAACCUGAUUUAAAAUACAAACCAGUGAAUAACCAGAUUGAGAGACACCCAUACCUUCCUCAAGAAGAGCUGGUUAAGUAUUGCCAGUCCCAAGGGAUGGCUGUCACUGCAUACUGUCCUCUUGGAGCUCCCAACUGGCCUUGGCCCAAGUCUGAGGACUUUUUCCUCUUGGAUGACCCCAAGAUUAAGGAAAUUGCAGCUAAGCACAGAAAAACCUCAGCUCAGGUUCUGAUCCAGUUCCACAUCCAAAGAAACGUGUUUGACUUUGAAUUAACUAAAGAGGAGAUGGAAACCAUCCUCAGCUUUAAGAGGAGAUGUAGGAUCUGUCCCAUAAACAUGAUAACCUGGGAAGAGUGAGAAAGUCUAGCUACCUUCCACAUAAGAAGUUUGGACUCCAUCUAGUUACUACACUUCAAAGCCAACCUGAAUGUUAUUUGCAA